UUAGGAUGUCCCGGCUGACUGUCAUGACUUCUUUGCCCCGGCUGUGCGUCCUCUCCCAGCUCUCUUGUCACACACUCUGCACUGCUAACCGACCGUUACACUGUGGGACUUACCCUCUGCAGGGCGCUGGACCAGGACCUCCUCAGACUCCUCCUGUUUCUGAAACUUCCACAGAUACUUCACACACACCCAGUGGACAGACUGCCUCAGAACCCCUGGACCAAGGCCCCCCGCCCCCUCCCACAUGCUGCUGUAUGAGUGGAUGUCAUAACUGCGUUUGGAUUGAACAUGCUGAACAGCUUCUCAAGUAUUACCAUGACGGUGGUGAGAGGGCUCUGGCGGCCAUCGAGGAAAACAUUCAGGAUGAGAAUCUCAAGACUUUUCUGAAAAUGGAAAUCCGCUUGAUGAAGAAGCACUGAUGGCCGUUGGCUAGCCUAUCAGUAAG